GGGGCCUCGUUAAACUCCCGUGGUGUUUUUUUUGCGCGUGAACUUCCGACGCGGUUUAAGCUUUAAGAGUAUCUCUUGAUUUAUUGUUGUCGUUGUAUAUCCGUGUGAAGAAUUAGAAAGAAAAACAAUCGCCAUGGCUUGCGUUUGAAAGGUUCCUGCCGACCGGACGCUCUGUAUUGCUUUUGACUUGGAGGAUUUCAAGUUUCCCUGAACGCCCCACAACUGCCAUGGCCACGCAAGUCGUGGCACCGAAGAAGGCGCUUGCGCCAACGGUGGCGCAGAUCAAUGCGGAGUACAUCACCCAGCUCUCAAACCAGUACUGGGCACCACACAUCAAGAAGAAAUUACCCUUCAACCCAAAGGUGAUCGAAGACAUUUAUGAGAGAGAAAUGUUGAAGACAAAGUUUGCCAUCAGAAAAAUCAUGCUCUUGGAGUUCAGCCAGUACCUGGAGAACUAUCUGUGGCCAAACUACACGGCGCAGACGAGCAGCAAGGCGCACCUGCUGUCCAUCUGCUGCAUGCUCAACGAGAAGUUUCGCGAGAACGUGUCGGCGUGGGAGGCCUUCAAGUUGCGCCCGCAGCACGUGCCAGCGUUCUUCCAGCGCGUGCUGGCCACCUCGCUGUCAGAGGAGGGCUCGGCGGUGACACUGCGGGAGCAGACGCUGCUGCUCGUCUUCCUCGACCACUGCUUCAACAGCCUGGAAGUGGACGUGAUUCGCGAGCAGGUGCAGCGUCUCAUCUCCCUGCCUACCUGGGUGUGCCUGCUGCCGUCUCGUCUGGAGCAAGAGCUCAGGAAGACGCCCAAGCUGAAGAAGUUCUGGAAUCUGAUCAAGAAGAGCGACGAAAAGCUGGAGCCAAAAGCAAAGGAGCAGGCUGAUUAUGAGCGCCGGUUCCUUUCAAGGCUCAUCCAGAAGUUUGUGUCCGUCCUCAACUCUAUUCCCGCAAAAGGGGAUGUGAGUGCUGACAAGGUGCAUUACUGCGAGCGUUUCAUUGAGCUGAUGAUCGACUUGGAGGCCCUGCUGCCCACACGCCGCUGGUUCAACACGCUGCUGGACGACUCGCACCUGGUGGUGCUGAGCCACCUGUCCGAGCUGGCGCAGCGCCCCAAGGAAGGGAAGCUGUUCAUACAGCUGUUGGAGAUGCUGCAGUUUUACUCUGGCUUUGAGAUCAAUGACCAGUCCGGAAACGCCCUGACCGACCAUGACAUGACCAACAUGCACUACGACCGCCUCACCUCUCUACAGCGCGUCGCGUUCGCCAACUUCCCGGAGCUGCGCGACUUUGCGCUGUCCAACGUUGCCUCCAUCGACACGAGGGACUCCCUGCUGAAGCACUUCGGAGAGCUCUCCACGGAGCUUCUGCACCGGAUGGCGGCACGGCUCAACUUACUGCCGCCUCUGUCGGAUGGAGAGAGCAGCUCCUACAGCAAGGAAUUCCUCGUUGAGAUGAUGGUCUCGCGUCACGAACGCCGCAUCUCACAGAUCCAGGCGCUCAACGAGAUGCCCCUCUACCCCACGGAGAAGAUCAUCUGGAACGAGAACAUCGUGCCCACCGAGUACUUCUCGGGCGACGGCUGCCUGGCGCUGCCCAAGCUGAACCUGCAGUUCCUGACGCUGCACGACUACCUCCUGCGGAACUUCAACCUCUUCCGGCUCGAGUCGACGUACGAGAUCCGGCAGGACGUGGAGGAUGCCGUCAGCCGCAUGAAGCCCUGGCGUGUGGAGGAUGGCACCACGAUGUUUGGCGGCUGGGCGCGCAUGGCUCAGACCAUCGGGGCCUUCUCCGUGGUGGAGGUGGCCAAGCCGCACAUCGGCGAGAACCACCCGUCGCGCGUGCGAGCCGACAUCACGCUGCACCUUAACAUGCGGCAGCACAUCAAGGCCGAGUGGGAGGGCCUGCGCAAGCACGACGUGUGCUUCCUGGUGACGGUGCGCGGCACGCAGCCCUGGGGCACGCGCUACACCCCGGCGCGGCCCUUCCUGGAGCAGCUGGACCUGGCGUGCGUGCGCGGCUGCGAGGUGCAGGGCCUGCUGGAUGACAAGGGUCGCGUCAUAGAGGACGGUCCCGAGCCUCGGCCACAGCUCAAGGGAGACACGCGCACGAUCCGCGUGUGGCUCGACCCCAACCAGUACCAGCAGGACAUGGCGGCCGUGAUCCAGCACCACGCCGACGACGUCUACGAGAACUUCAACCUCCUGCUGCGCCGCAAGCCCAAGGAGAACAACUUCAAGGCCGUGCUGGAGACGAUCCGUGACCUCAUGAACACGGAGUGCGUGGUGCCCGACUGGCUGCACGACAUCAUCCUGGGCUAUGGCGACCCGGGCAGCGCCCACUACUCGAAGAUGCCCAACCAGAUCCGCACGCUCAACUUCAACGACACCUUCCUCAGCAUGGAACACCUGAAGGCCGGCUUCCCCGGCCACACCGUGCGUGUCGUGGGCGACCACCCGCCACCACACAAACCGCCCUUCAGGAUCACCUUCCCGCAGAAGAAGGAUGGCAAGAAGAGGAGGGCGGGCAACGCGGGAGAAACCGCCUCCGAUGGAGAGGACAGCCUCACGCUGCUCGUGGAGCCGUACGUGCCGCCAAACCCAGGGCCGUACCCCUACAACCAGCCCAAGCGGAACACGAUUCAGUUCACCCCGACGCAAAUUGAGGCCAUCCGUGCAGGCAUGCAGCCUGGGCUCACCAUGGUGGUGGGGCCCCCGGGUACAGGCAAGACGGAUGUGGCUGUGCAAAUCAUCUCAAACCUCUACCACAACUUUCCCGAGCAGCGAACGCUCAUCGUUACGCACUCCAAUCAGGCCCUGAACCAACUCUUCGAGAAGAUCAUGCAGCUUGACAUUGACGAGAGGCACCUCCUGCGUAUGGGUCACGGCGAGGAGGAGCUGGAGACUGAGAAGGACUUCAGCAGGUAUGGCCGCGUGAACUACAUACUGGCGCGGAGGCUGGAGCUGCUGCACGAGGUCGGACGCCUGCAGGAGAGUCUGGGCGUCCCAGGAGACGUCUCCUACACGUGCGAGACUGCCGGACACUUCUUCCUCUACCAGGUGAUGUCGCGCUGGGAGGAGUUUCAGAGCAAGGUGCGCCCGGCCAGCGGUGGUGACAAAGGUGGCACGGCCGAAGCGGCCGCCGCCAUCGCCGCCCACUUCCCGUUCGAUUGCUACUUCGCCAACGCCCCCCAGCCGCUCUUCCACGGCCGCUCGUACAAGGAGGACCUGGAAAUCGCCGAGGGAUGCUUCCGCCACCUGCGCAAGAUUUUCACGCAGCUGGAGGAGUUCCGGGCGUUUGAGCUGCUGCGCAGCGGCCUCGACCGCUCCAAGUACCUCCUGGUGAAGGAGGCGAAGGUCAUUGCCAUGACCUGCACGCACGCCGCCCUCAAGCGCCACGACCUCGUGCAACUCGGCUUCAAGUAUGACAACAUCCUCAUGGAAGAGGCGGCACAGAUCUUGGAAAUUGAGACAUUCAUCCCCCUGCUCCUGCAGAACCCUCAGGAUGGAUUCAGCCGCCUCAAGCGCUGGAUCAUGAUUGGCGACCACCACCAGCUGCCGCCCGUCAUCAAAAACAUGGCCUUCCAGAAGUACUCGAACAUGGAGCAGUCGCUCUUCACGCGCUUCGUACGCCUCGGCGUGCCCACGGUGGACCUAGACGCCCAGGGCAGAGCGCGCUCCAGCCUGUGCAACCUGUACAACUGGCGCUACAAGCGGCUGGGAAAUCUGCCUCACGUGCAGCUGCUGCCCGAGUUCCGCUUCGCCAACGCGGGCCUCUGCUAUGACUUCCAGCUCGUCAACGUCGAGGACUUCAACGGCGUGGGCGAGUCCGAGCCCAACCCCUACUUCUACCAGAACCUGGCGGAGGCAGAGUACGCGGUGGCACUCUUCAUGUACAUGCGCCUGCUCGGGUACCCGGCCGACAGGAUCAGCAUCCUCACGACCUACAAUGGGCAGAAGCACCUGAUCCGCGACGUCGUCAACCAGCGCUGCGGAGAGAACCCACUCUUCGGCCGCCCCAGCAAGGUGACGACCGUGGACAGAUUCCAGGGUCAGCAGAACGACUACAUUAUUCUUUCCUUGGUCAGGACUAAAGCAGUGGGUCACCUGAGGGACGUGCGCCGUCUGGUGGUGGCGAUGUCGCGUGCCCGCCUCGGCCUCUAUGUCUUCGCCCGGGCGUCGCUCUUCCGCAACUGCUUCGAGCUGACGCCGGCCUUCAACCAGCUCACGGCACGGCCGCUCCAGCUGCACCUGUACCCGGACGAGAGCUGCCCGACUCAGCGGCCGAACGGCGAGGCGGCACGCUGUCCGCCGCUCAUAGUCAAGGACAUGCCGGAGAUGGCCACCUUCGUGUACAACAUGUACUUCCGGGUCCUGCAGCACUACCAGCAAUACUACCAGCCUCUCGCUCAGCCACCCAGGUCCAGGGUCCCAGCCCAGCCUCCUGUACAGCAAGCGAAGGAAGACGCCGCCAAGGAUGGAUCAGACGGGGAAGCCACGGGAACCACCGAUGCCAUGGAAACUGACUCCCCAGCAGCUUUAACCAUGGAAACGCCAAGCACCGUCUCCGGGGAUGUAGAACCCAUGGAUACGAGUGAGGCGGCUGCCACGGAUAGUAAAGAGGAUGGUGGCGGUGAUGGUGGCGGUGAUGGUGGCGGUGAUGGUGGCGGUGAUGGUGGCGGUGAUGGUGAUCAGGAGGAGAAGCAUAAGAAGAUGCCGGAACAUCCGGGGCGGGACAGCGACAGCGACGACAGCGAGGGUGAGGCGGAUGAAACCGCAGUUGCCAAAGAAGCGGUUGUGAAGGCAAAAGGUGCUGAUGGAGCCGUUACUAAAGAAGCGGUUGCCGAGGUAACAGAUGGCAAGGAAAUGGUGAAAAAAGCAGAGGUUUCGAAGGCAGUUUCUACUGAGACAACUGCUUCCAAGGAAGCGGUUGCUGAAUCAGCAGCCGCCAAGGAAGCCGUUGCCGAGACAACUGCUUCCAAGGAAUCUGUUACCGAGGAAGCGGUUGCCAAGGAAGCUGUAGCUGAGAGAACUGCUUCCAAGGAAUCUGUUACCGAGGCAACAGUUGCCAAGGAAUUUAUCGCCGAGACGGCUGCCAAGGAAGCUGUAGCCGAGACAACAGUUGCCAAGGAAGAUGUCGCCCCGACAAAGGUUGCCAAGCAAGAUGUCACUGAGGCAACAGUUGUCAAGGAAUCCGUUGCUGAGGAUGCAAUUGCCAUGGCAGUCGUUGCUAAAGAAGAUGUUGCCAGGGAAGCCAUCGUCACGGAUACAGAGACCAUGGAUACGGCGGAGGGGCUGGUGGAGAGGCGGGGGGACCAAGAGGGUGAAUCUGUGGAGGCACAAGAGGGGACAGGGCAGCAGAAGAGCUAAGUGUGGGUGAGAGAGGGAUGAGAAAGGAAACGAGCAGGAGGGGUUGAACUUCUUUCGCACCGUACGUAGCCAACCACGCGAAUCAGAGGUGCGGGGGAAGGACAACAAACUAAACACAAAAAUAAGUUCUAAAGAAAUUAGUUUUCAAACUAGAUUUAAAAGUGCACAGCUCCCAUUACCUUCCUAAUAUCAGAAGGAAGAGCACUCCAGACGGCUGCGGAACGCUUCUGAAAGCAUGCGAUGCAGUGACCGUCUUUGUCCGAUGGCCAACCAAAAGCCGUUGCAAGUGACCGGAGUUUGCGUGAUGGUUGUUUAUGCUCCUUGACGAGAUCAGCAAGGUAGUGAGUGCAUCCGUCGCCUUCCAAGAGUCACUUGACAUUUCAGACACUUGCUCAUUUGUGCUGCGCUCCAUGCUCAAAUGGGCAAUGUUCAUCUGCUUUGGUGGCCCUGGGCUCGAAAUUCCACGUUCCCAUGGUAUGGAAGGAUAGUCUCCUCCUAAGUGAAAUACUGGUUACUUCCCUCAAAGUUGUACUCAUUUAUUAAACUUAGAGAGAUGAUGGGCUGGAUCGAUUGGAGACCUCCUGCAGAUGUUACCACAGCUCUUAAUCAUGGUGCCAACUGGUCAAAAGGUAAUCCAGAGAGUAUGAGGCAGGGUCGGUGGCUUGAAGAUUGAUGAAUGUGUACCGUGUGUGAAACGCUGGCCAGCUGGGGACUGAGGUUUUUGCUCUAAGAUAUCCAUCGAUAAGAAAGAAAACAAAAUAUAAGCUUUACAAAGGCAAUGUUUUGGGCAAAUGGACAUUUUUCGUAGCACGCCUUCAUUGUGUCACGAAGAAGCCCCAUUUGCCCAGAACAUCACCUGGUUAUAUAUUUUUUUCUUUUCAUGACUCUUGGUGUUAUUGGCGGAUGCGGUGAAUUUUUUUUUGUAAUCGUUUUUGUGCAGCACUGCCAACGCAGCAUCACCAAAUCAUCUGCAAGAAGUUGCGGCAAGAUUUCUGAUGGGUCGAGGCAUACGGCGGGAUUCUGACCACUGUCGCCUCGUGUGCGCGUGUGGGUUUUCUCUGCGCACGAACAUAACCGAACGAUCAUUUUAAAAUCUCCAAAGUGAGGAUUCUCUGGAUAAAUGGACCCUGCUGUGUUAUAAACUAAAACCGGUAAAAUAUAAUAUCUUUGUUCAGUUAUUUGUAAUUCCGUUUAGCGUGAACAGAUCAGGCCUCAUAACAACUGAAUUGAGACGUUCAUGUAACGUAUUUGUGGUACAGGAUUGCACAACUUGCUUCAUUGUAAAGUACAACAAAAAUGGCAGUGCACGAACAGCUGCACUUGAGUAGACGUUUUGUUAAGCAGGCAUAUAGGGUGCACAUUUACCACGAGCCCACUCAUUUUGAUGUUGCUCAAUGUUGUACCCUGUUGUCAUACAUUCGGCUUGUCAUGAAAGUCAAAUGAGUUGUUAUUGUCACCUGCUUAACUUUUGUAGUAAAUGAUUUUUACAUUGUAA